AUGGUGCUGGUUCACUUCUUCUUGAUUUGUUGUCUUUCUACAUUGGGUUUCGCUUUCACGCACCCAGGUCUCCUUGUUUCUCAAUCGGACAUUGAUCGUAUCCAGACAAAGCUUGCUGCCAAGAAAGAGCCUUGGACUGCGUCUUGGGAAAAGCUGACCAGCAUUCCAUUCGGCAAGGCGGACUACAAAAACAAUGCAGUCUAUGAGGUUAAUCGAGCCCAGAAUGGAGACACGUUGUGGCACGAUGCCGCAGCGGCGUUCAAUCUUGGCUUGCGCUGGAAGGUAUCUAGAGAUGAGAAAUUUGCAGAAGCUGCAUCAGAUAUCCUCGUUGCCUGGGCAGACAAGUUAAAGGUGCUCAGCGGUGGCGACGACGCCUAUCUUACUGCAGGUCUGCAGGGAUAUGAGCUUGCCAACGCUGUCGAACUGCUCCAUGACUACGGGCCUUUUGUCGAAUCGGGUAGGCCAAAGGUCAUUCAGUUGUUGAACGAAUUGUUUCUGCCAAUGAAUCUCGAUUUCCUUAACCAAGUUCUUGGAUCACAGCACAAUGUGAGACAUUUCUUUGCCAACUGGGAACAGUGCAAUAUUGCUUCCGCACUUGCUAUCGCAGUGGUCAGCGAGAAUCAGACGACUUGGGAUUUCGCCAUCGAUUACUUUAAGCAUGGUGUCGGCAACGGGAACAUCAACAACGCCAUUUCGAACAUCGUGGAGGAGCCGGGCACUGGCAAGCUACUUGGACAAGGACAGGAAUCUGGCCGAGAUCAAGGUCAUUCGAGCAUGAACUUCCAGCUUUUGGGAGCAAUUGGACAGCAGGCAUGGAACCAAGGCGAAGACCUGUUCGCUUACAACAACAGCCGUAUUCUACUCGGUGCCGAGUACUUUGCCCGCUAUAACCUGGGAAAUGAUGUCCCAUUCGAGCCAUACACAAACGGAAUCGUCUCCUUCGAUGUCAUAAGCGAUGCCUCUCGUGGCGCAGUCCGACCAGCAUGGGAGUUGCUUUACAGUCACUAUGUCCAGCUCAAAGGCUUUGAGGCCCCUUGGACUACUGCUUACCUGAACAACAGCUUGGAAUCUUUCGGUGGAUUCGAGGGUGGAGCUGGUUCCUGGGGAGAAGGUUCGGGUCACUAUGAUGGACUCGGUUGGGGCUCUCUUCUCUAUCGCUUGGAAGAAUCCGAUGUCCGGGCUAUCAAGUCAUCUGCAACCACUUCGAUUGCUCCGUCCACCACCCACAAGUCAGUAUCUCAAACCGCUGCCAUUGUUGUAUCCAAGCCCACUAUUCUAAACGAAGGAUAUCCCCCAAUUUCCGCUACACAUGCGCCAACAAAAACGAAUGCAGCAGAGAUCCCGCCUGUUUCACCACCUAAGGCUGAAGGAUCCCAUCAUCACACUCAUAAGACUAAGGGGUCCCAUCAUCAUCAUCAUCAUACCCAUAAGCCUAAAACAGGAUGCCGUGCGACACAGUAG